AGUCCACAGUCCAGGACAGUGGGAGCGACCGUGGAAAUGGAUGGAAGAGGAGUCUGAAGAGCUGGACACUGGAUUAUUCCCAGGAGGAAAAAAACUAACAGUUGGAAAACGCAAUGGCUGAAUUCCGACGUGAAGAGGAGGAAGAGAGGGAGCGCAGAGAUGUGAGGGUUCGAAACCAGACAGCAGAUCAUCCUGAAAGAACCAAGUCAGAUCAUCUACAGUCCAGCCAAGGACCACUGUCGUCUAUAAAAGCUGCUAUAAAACGAACAAGAACAAACUCUCAGAGUGACCACACCAGAGACAGAAGGCGCCCAGAGAUCACCAUUGUUUCUGCAGAACCUCUGGGUGGUAACAACUGGUUUCCAGGAACCCCAGUGGUUUUCUCUUCUCCUCCUCCUCCUCCUCUUCCUCAGCCCCCACCAUCCUACGAACAGGUGAUUAAAGAGAAGACCCAGGAAGAGCACACCCCACAGCCCACUGCAGCCCCCCGCCGGGGAAACGACACUGCGACAAGCUCCACACAGACUGAUCCUGUGAAGGAAGACGCCGCCAUCCCACAAUGCAGUGCAGCUCGUCAGUCUGCUGGUAACAAGCCCCAGAAACCACCAAGACCAUCACUGCCCAAGUCAGUAAACAGAAAACUUUCCACUGGAACGGCUGGACCUGCUGAUGAGGAAGUGGUCACAAAUACCUCAACAUCCACAAACCCAGAGAACCAGGAUGACUCUAAUUCACAUAUAAAACCACCUCAGCAGGCAGACUCCAGUAACUCCAGCACCAGAUCUGUCACUGUACACUGGGAUAUUCAUACCAAAAAUACAGAGAAAGUCUCCGGAACUGCGGCCCCAUCCUCAGAGUCAGAACUUAAUCUGCGCCCUGUCCCACUUCCUCGUACAAAAUCCAGAAAGCAGGCCAUUGCAAAAGAGGCUGAAGAUGACACUUUGGUGAAGCUCGGUGAAAAUUCAGACGCUCCCUCAGACUUUGAUCCGGAAGAUGUUUCUCCAAAUAAGUAUUUGAAGGAGUUACUGGAGGUCUUCAGCGCAGAAAACGAGUCCAAGGAAAAUUGCGACGUAGUCAACCAGUCAAACGAGACAACACAAGGUGAAGAUGCUGACGGCAAGAUGAGCCACAGUCAACGCAGUAUCCGGGCCAGGAUCCAGGCCUUUGAGAGCCAGGCUGACACAGAGGAGAGAUAUGUGGCUGCACCUGUCAGACCAGAACCCCAACCCCGGAAGACUACUACCAAACCUCCUGUUUCUGCUAAACCUUCUGUUGCUGUCAAACCACAAUUAAACUACAGCACUGAUAAUGUUUAUGAAAACCCAACACCAGCAGCUAGACCUCAGCCCCCUCCGAAGAAACCUGUGGUGGGACAGUCUGUAAAAGAGGAGCUAGAUGCGUUACUCACUAAGGGACCAGUUCCAAACCGAUCACGUCCUGCACUCACUAGAGCCAGCAGCAUCUAUGAGGAGGUGGAACCUUCCCCAACUCCACCUAUACCUCCAGUGAAGCCCAUCAAGGAACCCCUCAAAACAAACCUUAACAUAAACAACCACAACUCGACCUCUGUGAUUGGACAAUAUGAGAAUGUGGAGAAGUUAUCAAAUCAAGUCUCAGUCAAGGCCCAGAGUAAUGUGGACGGCAAUGGAGGCUCUUUCACCAGACAGAGUAUGACGAGAAGACCGACCACCAUCAGAGUCCCCAGCAAGACUGGUUCAUUUUCCGACGGUUUUCAGGACAGUCCUCCUCCUCUCCCUGCUCAGAAGCCCGUCGGCUCUUUAAACCCAUCAUUAAACCAACAACAAAACUCAACAUCCAUCUUCCCAUCUCAGAAUUGGAUUCCUUCUCAGGAGUCUUUCUACGCUGGACCGGAGCCAUCACUACCACCUCGGAGGCUCAGUACAGCUAAAAGCCUCCCUCCUCGCCCACCGCCAGCCAAACCAGGCCCAGGAAGACCUCCGCCACCACGCGUCCAUGUCUCAGGUCAGUCCACUUCGGUAACUUGGGAGACCUCCCCGAAACCCCAGGCACAGAAGCCCCACAGGACCAGACCAGUGUUGCCUCCAAGGCCCAAUCCAGGCCACCGUCUCUACAACAAAUACACACUUCAGCUUCCCCAUGGCAUUGCAUCCUUUGAUUAUAAUGGCAACAACACAGGAGAACUAUCAUUUCAGAAAAAUGAAGUGCUACUGCUGCUAAAGGAGAUUGACUAUAAUACAUUUGAGUGCCAGGUUGGGGACACGCAAGGCAGAGUAAACAAGUCUCGAAUGAAGGUCAUCACCCCUCUUAGCUCUUUUUCGGAUGUCUCCCCAUCACAGAGCGUCAAACCAGCCAGAUCGGAUGGCAGAGACAGUAAUGGGCUGAAGGUGAAGGCCUUACAUGACUUCGAUCCAGAGGGUCCAGGAGAGCUGGCUCUCAGAGCAGGAGAUGUUGUGAGCAUGGUGGAACAGGUGGACAAUGAAUGGUACAAAGGCACCUGUAGGGGAUCCACCGGCUACUUUCCAAUCAAUUACGUCCAAGUCCUGUCAGAUUCACCAAAACCCCUGCCUGAAAGGAAAGGAAAGACGCCCUCUGCAACAGUCAGUGGGCCCAGAUGUGUGGCAAGGUUUGACUUUGAAGGGGAGCACGAUGACGAGCUGUCCUUCUCCGAGGGGGAUGUGAUCCAGUUGAAGGCCUACAUGGGACAGGACUGGGCACGAGGACAGAUCGGCUCCUCCACGGGAAUCUUCCCCCUGAACUUCGUCGAGGUCGUCGAGGAUCUGCCUCCGCCUCCGAGUCAGCAGCAGAAGCAGUCCACAAAGAGAGCGCUGCCUGGCAUGGCUGCAUCUCCUUUUGCUCACCCUGAAGUUGCCAAACCUGCUCAGGCACCUCAGUCCGGCUUGGAGUGGGUGGUAGCUCUGUAUGACUUUUCCGGAUACUCUGAGGGGGAUUUGUCCUUUGAGCAGGGCGACUGUAUCCUAGUCACCGAACAUGUUAAUGCUGAGUGGAGCUAUGGAAGGCUUAACGGCAGAGAGGGCAUGUUCCCCAGGGCUUUUGUUGAAAGCCGCACAGCCUCAGCAGGCCUCCAGUCCUCUGAUGUCCAGGAGAAUGGAGCAGCAGGUGGAAUGAAAGCCAGAGCUCUGUUUGACUUCGCUUCAGACUGUGAUGAGGAGCUUUCUCUGCAGGUUGGGGAUAUUGUAACCAAUCUGGAGUCCAUCGAUGAAGAAUGGUUCCUGGGGGAUCUGAGCGGAAAACGAGCCCUGGUCCCCAAGAACUAUGUCCAGGUCAUUUGAUGUUCAGUGGAACAAGGGACGCAGUCGAAUUACACGAAGAUGCUACA